AUGCAAAUCAUCAAUCUUGCUGUCUUGGCUGUGACCUUGGCCACCGUCGGGGCACUUCCCUGGACUCAGGAUGCCAGUGGAGCAUGGGUUGCCAACAACGCAUGGCGCGACGACCUUAAUGGCGUCCACAAGGUCCACGAGGCUUGCGCCGAAAGAGACGGGUCUAGAAACCUCGGUGAUGGAGCGUUGUGCGCUUACUCGACUGAUGCCAAUGGUGGCAUGUUUCACGGAUCGGUACAUCCGGGCAGGCUGACUGUAUCGGAACUGCAACAGGAUGCUCUGUGUGCGGUUAACACUGUGGCCAGUCAAAGCCCGCUCCAUGAUGCAGGGAUCCUAAGUUUUGUGGUUUCCUUCGACUUCGCCUUUUGUUCUGCCUUCUAUCUUGCGUUCCCAUAA